UCCGCUGCGAGCCCGAGGCAGCCGCCCGUGAGCCCCGCUCGUGCUACCCGGAAAUAUUACGAGGGCCGGAAAGGACCGAUGUUAAGGGAGCACACGUCACUCACUUUUGCCCCAAAAAUAUCAUCACCGACCAUCCAAAUUUUUCUCGGCCGUCGAAAUCUUUAGCGAAAGCUCCCCGUCGACGCAAACGACCACAACCCGACGGCGAGGAGACGGCUGCGGUCGGCGUUGAUUUCUUGUGGGGACCGUGAUCGGUGAUUUACGUUAAAAUGAGAGGCAGUCAAAUAUGCGCUAGAGUAUCACCCUCAUCUACCAGGGGGAGCUCACUCCCCACUAGGUUCAUCACAUCGAUUAGAGGCAACGGUAAGAUAUUCCGAGCUGUAGGAUCGUCUUGACUGAACACGGAUGAGGAAUCUUGCUUAGAUGAAGGAUAAUGUCAACGCAGUAACUCUCAAAGGAAACAAGAAGAAGUCAUUUGAACUGCUUCUCAAUAAAAGCUAUUCUAAGCUAUUUUAAACUUAGGUGGAAGUCAUCUACCUGUCUUAAAGAUACUUUUACCCUUUGAUCAUAAACUCAUCUUCCCGGGCCACCCCACUCAUUUUGGAAGUAGAGUGUGGGCAGUGGAUAAUCAACAGGGAGUAGCAGCACCAGAAGUAAACUAUCUGGAGAGAAGAACUUAAGAUUUAAGACAUUCGAGUAGUUCUGGAAAAUAUAGUAGCAUAACUUUACUCUUAGGGUAAAGUGUGUCUUUCACCAGUCAGUGGUGGGAUCAUUGUUGCCGCUCCUAGUGCUGGAGGUUUGGCCCGUGCACCCCCAUGUGCAAGUGAGUGGGAAAUGUUCCAAUUUGGAAAGUACAAUCUGGACAUUAUAGAGAUGUUAAGUGGGCAUCAGGCCCACCAAUUUAAAGGCCUUGGUUUAGAUCGACAACUACAGCAUCAGCAGCAAGUGCAACUUCACCAGCAUCAACUCCAGCAGCAGCAGCAGCAGCAGGCUGAGUCUUCUGGAGCUCUUCUGUCUGGACUUGGCUUGGGCCCCCUGCAGGGGUCAAGAGGCUACCAUGAUGACCAUCGUUCUCAAGGUAACCCAUCUCCAUGCUACUCUGGUGCCUCCCCCUGUGGAAGUGGGAUGGCGGGCCCAGCUCUGAGAAAGGCACCCUUGGCUCCAACACUGCAUCCACACUCACAGAACCACAACCAGCACCACCAUCCGCAGCAACAGCCCCACCUGCCCCUUUCUUCUCUACUGGAUGACUCAGAGGAUGAUGUCACUAGCUCUGUCAAUAAUGCAAUCUCAGCUAUAACAGCAGCUAGUAACAGUGGAAAUAGAGGGGAUGAUAGGGGAGACAUCAUAGGAGGUCUACUAGGUGGUCUUGGUUUAGGUCCUCUUGGCUCACCUUCAUCAACAUCUGGUAUAGAUAAGAAUUUCAGAGGUGGUGGGAGCCAGGAGGCUAUGAGCAACAACCCACAGAUUCCUACUGCCAAACCAAAACGUCCCCGCAAACCCAGAGCUAAGAAAGAUCCUGCCACUGGUGGACAGCCCCCCAAACGUAGGCAAUACACCCCUAGAAUGGGGCCCAGUGGCCUGCCACGCACUCACCUCUGCAGUGUCUGUGGGAAGGGAUUUGCACGUCGUGAGACCCUACGCAGACACGACCGCAUCCAUACUGGAGAGAAGCCCCAUCACUGCAGUGUUUGUGGAAAGUAUUUUAGAGAGGCUUUUCACCUCAGCAAACAUCAAACGGUCCACUCUGGGGCCAAGAAUUACAAAUGCAGCAUCUGUGGGAAAGAGUUUGGUUACUCCCAGAGCCUCAGGAGGCACAGUAAACUCCACCAGAAAGGGGAGCUGGAAGAGGUGCCCACAACACCAGCUGCAGAUAACCUUAACAGCUUUAACCCUAACCCUCAAUGUAGCGUGGCCCAAGACAGGAGCCAAAACCAAGCACCAAGCACCUCCUCCUAUUACUCCUACCCUCAAGACGUCAAGCCUCAAGACCCCAACCCCCAGUCACAGCCUCCACCCCCACCCCAUCCACAGCCCCCACCUCCGCCUCGACUCUACACCUGUGCUAUAUGUUGGAAGUCCUUCCGCCACCAUUUCCAUCUGACCGCCCAUCACCAGACGGUUCAUGAAGGUGGGGGUGAAAAGCUCUUUUGCUGUGAGGUAUGUGGAAAAGCAUUUGCUUACUCCAACAGCCUCACUCGACAUAGGCAAUCGCAGCAUGGUAUGACGCGUACGGAUCCGCCUAAUGCGCAAGAAGGCAGUAGUGGGUCUGGAGACAACAGAGGUGGGAGUGAUGUUAAUCAGUCAACAUCAGAGAGUGAGGCUGCCACCAAUGCCCUGCUGCAGAUGGCUCCUUCCACAGAAGUCCAUGGAGGGCCGAGUCUUAGUGUCGUCACUCAUAGCCACCAACAGCCACCCCCACAUCCACCACCUGUUUACGCUCCUCUCUUUUAUGACGCUGCCGCCCAAUCUUCAGCCUCUAAUGCUCCAUCUUACUCGCAGCCUCUGCCUCCAAACUCUACAAUCAUGGCCCCCCAGCACCCGCAUUCCCCAGCCGGGGUGAAAGGAGAGCACAUAUAUCCAGCUGGAUCCCGUAGCCGUACGCUCCACACCACAGCCCCGUUCCAGCCCCUCACAGAACUGCCCUCCACUGAACAUCAUCAUCUGCAUCAUCAUCAUCAUAUCUCCCACCAUCAUCUUCAUCAUCAGUCUGGUACCCAGUCCCACCAACACCUUGACUGCAGCAUCCAGUUAUCUCACGAUGACAUGAGACGACAGAAGAAGAAAAAAAAAAAGUCCGACAGGAGAGAUUGGAGGGAAAAUAAAUGGGAUUCCCAAAAUGUAGUCAGAUUCGAUGGAAGCAAAAAGAAGAGAAAGAUAAGUUGUACAAUAAGAAGGCAAUUGAAUAAAAAACAAGGCUCUCUUCGUUUGACAAUUAGGCGGGGAGAAGGAUCAGAUAGUGCUGGGUAUAAGCUUGUCAACACAGGGGGAGUGAAGGUGCAGAUCCUCUCGUCUCUCAAAGUCCCUGGGAAGAGUUUUGGCUGUCCUAUGUGCCCCAAUUCUGUGUUUUCCCGUAAAGCGGGACUGCUCGUCCACAUGGCAGUUAAACACCCACAGAAAGCCUCGACCUCUCAGGAGCGACUGAAGUGCAGUGUAUGUGGGAAGCAGUCUCAGAGGGCUUUGUCGGCCUUCAUCCAUCGGGCCUCCCAUCGUGCCAGAGGGACUUUCUCCUGCCGACGCUGCUCCACUCGCUUCUGGAAUGCUACUUUGCUCUACAGGCACAAGGUGUCCUGCCGCCGCAGGGCUAAAGGACUGCAGCGAGGAGAUGCUAACAGGCUGAAGCUUUCAAAGAGACCGGGAGAGAGGCAGACGACUCGAGAGGGUCUGGAGGAGAUGUCCUACCUACAGGGAACAUAUAGAUACUGAGCGUCCCGGUACCUGAAACGAGAGUGGCAUACCAGUUGGAUAUUUCAGUUCUAAAGUGGGAAGGUGAGAGAAAAAAAGGGACUUAAAAAAUGCUGCCUUUUAGGAUAGUUUUCCUCAUGUCUCUGUUGACAUCUACUUUGCUGACUAUUAGAAUGAGUGUGUUAACAACUACUGUAGAGCAUCCUAUAAAAUUUCACCAGAAAUUCUUCCAGAUUAUAUUGGAAGGUGUUUUCAAAGACGUGACUGUUUCCAUAGGUUCAUUAACCCCUUAAGUGCAUUGACACUGUGCUUGGCUGACACUGUGCAGUUACUAGACAAGUUUAGGUGAAAUGACCUGCUAAUGUACCUCUUCCCCAUAACUAGACUCCCUGCUACACCUCUUGCUGUAUGAUAAACGUCUCUGCUGUGUACUUUGUCUUGUUGUUGUUCACUUAGAGGCUCUGAGGAUUUUUUUUUUUUUAUGUAAAGUGCAUUUAUUAGGAGUAGGGACAUGAGGACAAAGACCUUUGUUGAUAGUUUGUCAGUGCAUGUUUGUUCUCUGGUCAAGUUUUUAGCUGAGGUUGUGGAAUCACUCCUACAGUAUGUGAUGGUUUAUUCAGUAUAUGCCCAGAAGUUUGUAGUGUUAAAACUUGAUUUAAAACUUGCUCUAUAUUCCCUAGUGAUUGAAUCACGUAUAGAUAAAAUGUCAAAGUUGCUGGUAUUUAGCAUUUCAAGGUUCCCUCUCCCGCCAAAAUGAAGAAACUUACAAAAAGCCUGUUCACUCUACUUCAUUUAUUUGAGAUAUUCUUAGCUUUUAUACCAAGAGAUUAAAAACCAGGUUAAACAAGUGGACUGUAACACAUGUUUAUCUCACGUUAUUUGUAUGCUCUUUUUAGCAGUGAUUAUUUCUACAGUACUUCACGGUGUGUUAAAGACAAGGACCUAUAUAUCAUGAUAGAAACCAAUGUAAUAUUCCAUGUAUUUAUGUGUGUAACCCAAUCAGUCUUCAUGCCAAUCUUAUACUUAACCCCUUCUACCUUUUUACUUUUUGCUGAGUUGCAAUCAUAUUCCUACUGUUAAACCUUUUUUUUCUUCUGAAGCAAGUUUUAAGUACAUCUUGUCACUUUAUUCACAUAUGAAAUGUUCAUACCCCUGUCAAGCCUUCCCUUUUUUUCUUCUAAAGAAAAACGAUAGUUUUAGUAGAUUUCUAUCACAUUAUUUACUGAAAAGUCAGUAGUUGAUUAUAUUUCAGCAAUGAAUAAACCUUAAGUGUAA